GGGGCAGCGGUACGAUACAUAGCACUUCCGGUUUCGAGUCCUGCUCUGGGAAUAUGGCCGCUUCCAUGCCGUUUCGAAGAGAACUUUUUUCUUUGACAAGGAUAUUCAACGGAAUAUCACAAUCGAGACCACGAGUUUUGGGCCAUUGUGCAGGACACAAGAAAUGGCUUACAAUUGGGUCUCCCCUCUAUCUGAGCCCAUCCUUCCACAUACCCAGGGUGUUUUCAUCAACAGCGUCGUCAAUCACUGUGACAGAAGAACCCGACACGCUUUUCCAGAAGGUGACUGUGAUGGUAAAAGGCCACGACAGGGCCGUUUUGGACAGUUAUGAGUAUUUCGCCACCAUGGCGGCCAAAGAGCUUGGCAUCAGCAUCGGAAAAGUUUUUGAACCUCCCAAAGACAUGGAGAGGUUAACCCUCCUCAAGUCGGUCCACAUCUUCAAAAAACAUAGGGUUCAGUACGAGAUGAGGACACACUACAGGUGUAUCGAGUUGUCUCAUUUAACAGGCUCCACAGCUCGGGUAUAUUUGGAAUACAUCCAGAGGAACCUUCCAGAAAGUGUAGCUAUGCAGGUGACCAAGACUGCUAUAGAGAAAAUUCCAGAACACAUCCAUGAGCCCAUGUGGAAGGACGAGCCCACGGAGGAAGCGGAGAAGCCAAGUCAAUAAAAUGUACACCUGCACUGGUCACCAGCCAAUUGCAGGGCACAUACUGUAUAGAUGAACAAGCUUUCCGAGGCCAAUGGGCUAACCGCUAGCCCAUCAUGCCGAUGGACAAUAUUAUCAAUAACUGUCAUAUUUGUGUCUUAUUUUAUAAAAAAAAAAAAAAAAAGUAAAUGGUUUCAACAAAA